AUGAUAAAUAAAAACAUGGCUCUGCUGCAAAGCUCAACUGUGCUGUUGUUUUUGGCAGUCUCUGUGUCAGAGACCUUUGCACAGAGAAUUAUUGGGGGACAGGAGGUCACGCCCUACUCUAUCAAAUACCAGGCAUCCUUGCAGUCCCGCGUUGGACAACACUACUGUGGAGGAACCUUAGUGCACCCUCAGUGGGUGGUCUCUGCUGCCCACUGCUGGAGACCGACAAGUCAGAUGAAGGUGGUGCUGAGUGAACACAACCUGAAUAAACCUGAGGGAUUUGAACAGGUUUUUGAAGUCUUACAGAUAUUUUUCAGCAACUAUAAAUACAGGACAUUCGACAACGACAUCAUGCUCAUCAAGCUGGAUAGACCAGCACGGCUGAAUGCCAAUGUCCAGCCAGCUGUUUUGCCAGUUGUUAAUAGCCGUCCUCUACGUUACAAUGACGUCUGCACGGUCAGCGGCUGGGGUGUGACACAGAUUUACAGUAGCUACCUCUCUCCUGCGCUACGUUCUGUGGACGUGAGACCUAUAUCUUUAUGCCAUUAUUAUUACUGGGGGAUGAUCACUACAAACAUGUUGUGUGCUGGAUCUCGAUGGGGUGGCAAAGAUUCCUGCCAGGGUGACUCUGGUGGUCCCCUUAUUUGCAAUGGCAAAUUCGAGGGCAUUGUCUCCUGGGGUAUCAGCUGCGCAAACCCAUACUACCCUGGAGUCUACACCAAAGUGAGGAAUUACAUCAACUGGAUCAAAAGGAUAAUCAAAUAUAAAACAUAA